AUGAAUUGCAUUAAUCAUAGAUCAGAACAAGUAUCAUUUAUAUGUAUAGCUUCUCAUAAGUGUUAAUGUAAAAGAAAACUAUGUGCUAAAUGCUUUUAAGAGCAUGAAGUAGAUGUCAAACAAGAUUGAUAGAUUUGGAGAAAUCGUUAUUAAGAAACUAAAAGAAUCUAAGUUAGAUGAGACAUUUGAUUAAACCAAUUAGAGAAUUAAUUUUACAUCCGUGCUCUCUCAAAUAGGGAGUAUGAUGAAGAACAUUUGGGAAAAUAUAACAGAAUAGAUAAACUAUAAUUUAGAUAUGAUUGAACAGGAAAAUAAAUAAUUCAUUAAUCUUAUCAAUGAAAAUAUGAAUUUAGCAGAAUCUUCCGAGCUUGACCUAGAAAAAUUAGUAUAAAUAUUUCAAGGAAGCACAUUAAAUUUAUGGAAUACUUAGAAAGACCUUUAUUUGAUGAAGUUAGAUAAGACAAGGAAAUGGUUAUAUUAAGAAGUUUAGGCUUUUAUUGAAAACAUAAAAAAGGAAAUGAAUUAAUUUGAUUAAAUCGGUAAAUCUACUGUUGAAUAAGAGAACGUUAAAGAAGAAACAUAAUUAGACAAUACUAUAAUAAAAUUUUAAGUUCAAUAAUAAUUACCUUAAGAUGACUAAUAAUCAUAAUAAAUAAAUUAUUAACUAUCAUUAUUAAAACAAGAAUAAUAUCAAUCAAUUUAGUAGAUGUCUUAAUUUAAUAUCAAACCAUUUACUUAUUAAAAAGUUAAAAAGAAUUCCAUUUAAUAACAGGAAUCUUGUUAUGCAGUUGCUUUUAAUAAAGAUUGUUCAAUUGUAGCAGCUUCAGGUAACUAAUUAAUAAAAAUAUAUGAAUUUAGGUAAGGAAAGUUGAAAUUAAAUCAAGUCUUAAACGAACAGCAAAAAACUUAUGUGACUGCUUUACAUUUCAUGUAAAAAUUCAAUUAAUUGAUAUCUGGAAAUGGGGAUGGAUCUAUUUUUAUUUGGUCAAUAAAUAAAAAUAAUUAAUGGAUUUGUUAAUAUAUCCUUAAAGAACAUUAUGAUAGAAUAAACUGCUUAAUUAUUAAUAAUAAUGAAGAUAUUAUUAUUUCAAGUAGUAGUGAUUUUACAAUUAAGUUUUGGAUCAAUUUAAAUGGAUGGAUUUGUUAAUAAACUAUUGUAGAUCAUAAAAAUUAAGUUUUCUAAUUAAGUUUAAAUGAAUAAUAAAAUAGAGUUAUAUCAUGUGGAUAUGACCAAUUAAUAUUAAUAAUAGAAUAUUAAGAAUAUAAUAAAAAGUGGAUAGUGAUAUAAAAAGUUAAUGUUGAUUGUUGUGGAUUUCGAAUAUGCUUCAUCAAAGAUAAUCUUUUCACAUUUUAACCAAAAAAAGGAAAUUAAAUGCAUGUUUAUGAGAUGAAUAAUGUAAGUAAAUAGUUCACUAAAACUAAAAAUAUUCCAUUAAAUCAAAGUGGCAACGAUAAUAAAAUAUACUUCCAAUAAUAAUAUAUAAAAUAAAAAUAGUUAGUUUUAAAUAAACACGACAAAAACAUCAAUUUAAUAAGAAUUACAUAAAAUGAUGAAGUUAAAGUUGAGUAAUCUAUUCAAUUUAAUGAUUAUUGUUUCUUCGGGUAAAUGAGUGAUGACGGAGAGUAUUUGAUUAUUUAGGUUCAAUCAUCUAAAGAAAUAUAAAUAUGGAAAUAUACAGAAAAAUGA